AUGGGCUUGCUCGAGAUCAUCAAAUCGUUCAAAUCGCCCACCGGUCGCGAGAUUCGUAUUCUGCUGCUCGGCCUCGACAACGCCGGCAAAACUACUAUUCUCAAGCAAUUGUCGACGGAAGACGUGAGCAACGUGACGCCGACGAAAGGAUUCAACGUGAAGACGGUGGCGGCGGCCGGCGACAUUCGCCUCAACGUUUGGGACAUCGGCGGGCAGCGAGCGAUUCGGCCGUUUUGGGCCAACUAUUUCGAGAACACCGACGCGCUGAUCUACGUCAUCGACAGCAGCGAUAAGAAGCGAUUCGACGAGACGGGCGUCGAGCUCACCGAGCUUCUCGAAGAGGAGAAACUACGCAAAGUGCCGGUGUUGGUGUUCGCCAAUAAGCAAGACUUGGCGACGGCCGCCAAAGCGUCCGAGAUCUCGACGAGGCUUAAAUUGACGGAGAUUCGGGAUCGCAGCUGGCACAUCCAGGGAUGUUCGGCGUUGACAAAUGAGGGCGUCACCGAGGGAAUCAAUUGGACCUUGAUUUCAUCGCAUCCGAUUUCCAUUGAUGUCUACAAAAAAGAAGUGGAAAAUGCUGUCGAAUUGCUCUACAUGGCCGAUCAUUUUCAUUAUUUUUUCACCGAUCGCGACGGCACAUUGAAAUCCUAUUCGUGCAGCUAUCCGUCAAGCAUUCAGCCCGCUUAUUCCGGUGUGAUUCAGGCUCAAUUCGCUCGCCGGUGUGCUCAGACGUGCUGCAUUCUCACCACCGCGCCACUCAUGCACAUCGGCGUUCUCGACGUGUCGACGAUUCCGCCGGGCUAUUACUAUUUUGGCGCGUCGGCUGGACGCGAAUGGUUCGUCGAUCCGACGAACAAAUUCAAAGACACAUCGAUACCGGAAGGCACUCUGAAUUUGUUGGAUCAAGUGUUCAAAAAGAUUACCCAUUUGCUGGAAUCGCAUGACUUCAAAAUGUUCACCUGGGUUGGCUCAGGAUUACAGAAGCAUUAUGGGCAUUUGACAAUCGCCCAUCAGGAUGUGUACAAGUCGGUGCCGGAAGGAAUGAGCAACCGGAUCUAUGAGGAAAUCCAAUCGAUUGUCGAUGAGGUGGAUGCCGAGGGAAACGUUCUUCAGCUGAGUCGAACGUCUCUUGAUAUCAAAAUUUAUUUGAAGACGAAAACUGAUGGCCAGGUGUUCGACAAAGGCGACGGUCUUCGAAUGCUGUGCGAGAAGAUGAAUUGCGAUUUGAAAGACGGCAACGUUCUUGUGUGCGGCGACUCGGCGACCGAUUUGCCGAUGCUUAAAGAAUGCCUCGAUAGAAAUUCGCCGGGCGUGUUCACCAUUUGGGUGACAGCCGAUGAGAGAUUGAAAGAGCAGGUUCGCGCGAUGUGUUCAAGCUACAAAAACGACCAAAUCGCGUUUGUUUCAUGUCCGGAAGUCCUUCUCGGAGCAAUGGCGCAGGCGACGAUUCGCGAAACGAGGAUUCGCAAAAUCUCGCGACCUGAGGAAUUCAGCUAA